GUUCCGGUUCCGGGUCGCGCAGCCUGUCAUGGCGGCGCCCGGCGGGCCGGAGGCGGCGGCGGCCGCGGCCCCUGGGAGGAGGCAGCCGUUCGGGAGCCGCUUCCUGACCGACCCGAGCCGACUCUUCCAGCACAACGCCUGGGAUAAUGUUGAAUGGUCUGAAGAGCAGGAAGCCAGUGCAAGGAACAAAGUUCAAGAGAACAGCAGGCAGCUUGUUCCACAAGACAAACAAGAUGAAUAUGAGCUCAAUGCUAAUGAAUACUGGAAUGAUUUCUAUAAAAUCCAUGAAAAUGGCUUCUUCAAGGACAGACACUGGCUGUUCACUGAAUUUCCUGAACUGGCACCAAACCAGAACCUAAGUCAACCUGAGGCGUCUGAAUACAAAGAUGGUAGCACCAGAAAACCCAGAGACACCAGGCUGGGGAGCUGUGAAAAUGGUCUUUGUUCAUUGGAAACCAGAACACAAGAGCAUCAUCAUUUGGACUUGAUGAAAGACAGUAAUAAUAUCAUCAACAGACUCGACACAGAUGGAGAAGCAGUACUGAAGUUGGGUGACCUGAAACUAAGUGAUGGUGACUUCCCAGGAUCCUCUGCCACUUACCGUAUACUAGAGGUUGGCUGUGGUGCUGGAAAUACGGUCUUCCCAAUUUUGCAAACCAACAAUGAUCCGGGGCUCUUUGUUUAUUGCUGUGAUUUUUCCAGCACAGCUGUGGAUCUUGUCCAGACCAAUGCAGAGUAUGACUCUUCUCGCUGUUUUGCCUUCGUUCAUGACCUGUGCAAGGACCAAAGCCCAUACCCAAUGCCAGAGGAGAGUCUUGACAUCAUUAUUCUCAUCUUUGUCCUAUCAGCUCUUCUCCCAGAAAAGAUGCAGUGCGUCAUUAACAGACUGAGCCGGCUUCUGAAACCAGGAGGAAUGAUUCUGUUACGAGAUUAUGGUCGUUAUGACCUGGCGCAGCUUCGGUUUAAGAAAGGUCGGUGUCUGUCUGAUAAUUUCUACGUGAGAGGCGAUGGGACCAGAGUUUACUUCUUUACACAAGAUGAAUUGGAUGCUCUUUUCACCACGGCUGGGUUGGAAAAAGUCCAGAAUCUAGUCGAUCGGCGCCUACAGGUGAACCGAGGGAAGCAAGUGACGAUGCAUCGAGUGUGGAUCCAGUGUAAAUACCGCAAGCCCUUCCCUGCAGGACAGAAGGAGAAUGGGCACGUUCGUUAGCAAGGCGCGUCUAUCAUGUGUGCUGUAUUUGGACUUGUUGGGACUCUCUUCCUGUGCAGUGUGUGGCACUGAGCAGACCUGCCAUGUCAUGCUGAAUUCUGGCGCCUCCUGCAAUGACCGGACUAGUCGUAAGUUCACACGCUUUGUGUGCAAGGUGGAGCUUUGCUCAGGACGACUCCACAACAAUGUCUAGAUACUAGUCUUUGUUUUUAAAAUUAAGGGUGACUAACAAUUUACCUAAGAAAUGGGCACUCGCUGUCUCUUGUUGAGCCUGAGCAAAAUGAGUAACGAGUCCUCUGUCUUCCGAGUGUCUGCAUGAAAAGGAACAGAAGUUUGGACCUUAUCUUCAGGUUUUGCGGUUUGCAGAGCAGUGGGGUUCAUUUCAGCCAUCCCAGAUCCUCCUGCCCCAUCACCUUUUUGUCACUCGCUGCUCUGGGUAUUGAAAUCCAAAUUCACAUGACUUGCAAAUCAGAUACAGAGAGGUUUUAAACAGGUUUUAAAAGUCAGGCUGGCUUGUGAGUGCAGAUUCAUUCCUGGCCUGUGCAAUCUCACAAAGGGAGAAUCACCUUCCAUCCUCUGUAAGGUAAUCAACUGACUCAAUGUGAUGGACGGUGUCUAGUAGUUAACUUACUGGAAGCCUCCCACAAGGUGCAAAAGUUAUCCUUGUGUUCCACACCUUUAGGAGCCAGUGUUUUUACUGUGGGGAAUCUGUUUUAAAUAGAGCACGAGGAUACAGUCCGGGUUACAAUUAUAAAGAACUGAUUUGCGAUAAACUUUGCCAGCCAUGGUUUACACCACUAUUUAAGUCUUUCCAAGCAAGCUAGUGUGCUGUGCUGCAGCUGAUCUGCGUGAGGAGUCAGUCAAGCACAGGGCAAAGUCAAGUCAGUCAAGCACAGGGCAAAAAUAGCAUGUUGUGAUAGGUGUCAAAGUAUAGACCAGAACAGACCAUCAUUUCUGCUUGUGGACUUUCACAUGUAUAGAGUGGAGAAGGUGGGGGAAAUUCCAUCAAGCCUAUGUUUAAUUAUCAGGAUAGGAAGAAGACGACCAGGUUUGUGGGGGGAAAUGGGCUUGGCUAGGUGUGGGAGGGGAGGGACUGAAGGGGAUUUGGGAUGCUGCUGACUCUCCUUCUCUCCAUCUAUCUUCCACCACAACCUUCUUUUCCCCUAGUGCCUACCCCUCUCAGGAUCUCUAUGUUGGAGAGAGCCCAGCCUGACACCUUCCUAAUGACUUGUUUUGGCUGACAUUGCUGGGGGGAGAGGGGCCAGGGCUGUGCCUAUGCAAUCUGGUGCACCUCACAUGCCAUUCCAUUCACAGUAGGUAUAUUUUGAUAGUGAGAUGUUCAUGGGCUAAGAGUCCCUACACAGGAAGGAGAUGUCAACUCAUAAGGGGCUGUUUCAUCUCGCUGACAAAGACAUAACAAGAACCUAUGCCUGGAAGGGUGAAAGGGGAAGUAAAGAGAGAAGAAUUUGCUCCUGGUCCCUUAG